UUACUUUUAUCUCGUUUAGAUGGUAAUACUCAAGAUUUAUUAUCCAAAAACGAAAAAGAUCAAGAACAAGUCAAAACCGGUGCAAACACUUUAAGAUCUACUUUCAAUGAAAUUAAAACUGCUGUUGCUAAUUUUGGUGAUAAUAACGUUGAAACUUGUCAUAUUGAUUGGGAUUUUUGGUCCAAAGUUGUUAAUGAUUACCCAAAUGUUGCUAAAAACCAACCACUAGAUCUAGCAAAGGCAAUCGCUGAGGGUAUUCCAAAACAACUAAGAGGUAUGGUUUGGCAAUUAAUCUCAAAUUCGAAAUCCUCACGUUUAGAAGAACUAUACUAUUCUAUAAUUCUGGAACCAAGCUCAUAUGAAAAGGCUAUAAAAAGAGACUUGUCAAGAACAAGAUUUAUUGGAACAAGUAACAUGGUUGAUAAAUCAGAUGCCUUAUUUAACAUAAUUAAGGCUUACUCGUUAUUUGACCCAGAAGUCGGUUAUACCCAAGGUAUGGCAUUUAUUGCGGUUCCGCUAAUAAUGAAUAUGACAGAAAGUGAAGCAUUUUGUCUAUUAGUUAAAUUAAUGAAAACAUAUGGGUUGAGAGAAUUGUUUUUGCCAGAAAUGCCAGGAUUGCAUUUAAAAUUAUACCAAUUUGAUCGAUUAUUAGAAGAUUUGUGUCCAAAUUUAUAUACACAUUUAAUCAGACAAGGGAUUCGAUCAUCAAUGUAUGCAUCUCAAUGGUUUUUAACAAUGUUUGCAUACAAGUUUCCUUUGGAAAUUGUUUUAAGAAUUUACGAUAUUGUUGUUGCAGAAGGUACAGAAGCAGUCUUGAAAUUUGCGAUUGCAUUCAUGACAAAAAACAGUGACAAGUUGUUGAAACUAAAUUUUGAUCAAUUGUUAGAGUUUUUGAAGGAUAAGCUUUUUGACUACUAUUUGAUUGAAAAGGAGGCCAAUUCAAACACUACUGCAGUGACCACUCCAUCAUUUAAUCCAUUUGCAUUGAUUUCCCUGGUUGGACAAAAAAGCAACGUUGAAAUUACAGUAGAAUCAUACCAAGUGGAUGAUCUAGUUGCAGAUGCCAUGGUUGUCAAGAUUUUGCCAAUUACAUUGAAGAAAUACGAAUCUGAAUAUGAAGAGAUCCACAGAUUAGAAAGAGAAAGGGAAGAAGAAGUGGAUAAUUUGAGAACCAAACAGGGUCAAUUGACAAGACAAAUAAGAACCUUGGAAAAGAGCUACGAUAUGCUUAAUCAAGAACACGUCGAAGUCGCAAAUGAGAUGAUCCAGGGCAAGGUCAAAAUUGCCAAUUUGGAAGACGAAAACCGAGAAUUGAAAACCGAAAUCUCGACACUAACUGCGAAAAUCGAAGAGAUGGAGAAAACCACCAACGAUUCGAGCGACAAGUACGAAAAAGAGAGGAUGAUGAAAACCAAGGAAAUCGAGGAGGAAAUCAAGAAAACAAUGGAAAGAAACCUUGAGGUGAUGGAAGCCAACAGAAUCUUGGAAGAACAGUUGGCAGACUUGGAGAGGUCGCUUGAAAUGGCCAGCAACGAGCUAGGCCAGCUCAAG